AACGAUUACAUAGAAAGCAAAUUAAGGCUUGGAUUUAACUUAAACGCAAUCGUUCCCGGAGGAAGAAGGAUCUCAUAGAAGAGAAAGCUCCGUUCACCGUCGCCGUCAUGGGUCGUAUGUACAGUGGAGGUAAGGGAUUCUCAGCUUCUGCUUUGCUGUGUAAGGGAACAUCACCGUCUUGGGUCACGAGACCACCUCAAGACGUUGAUGAGUCCAUUUGCAAGAUUGCUAAGAAAGGAUUGACACCAUCUCACAUUGGUGUUAUUCUUCGUGAUUCUCACGGAAUCGCGCAAGUGAAAAGUGUUACCGGAAGCAAGACUCUUAGAAUUCUCAAAGCUCAUGGUCUUGCUCCUGAGAUUCCUGAAGAUCUGUAUCAUCUUAUCAAGAAAGCAGUUGCUAUCCGUAAGCAUCUUGAGAGGAGCAGAAAAGAUAAGGAUUCUAAGUUUAGGUUGAUUCUUCUUGAGAGUAGAAUCCAUCGACUUGCUCGUUAUUACAAGAAGACCAAAAAGCUUCCUCCCGUUUGGAAGUACGAGUCUACUACUGCAAGCACACUUGUGGCUUAAGAAGCGCAAUAACAUAGAGUUGAUUUAAGUCCUUGAAGAACAACCAUUUUCAUUGACCCCAUUGCAAUGGGAUUUUGAUUUUUUUUAACGCAAAAAUCACACUUUAUAGAUUAAAAGCUUCACACAGUACUUACAUAGUGUUAUCCUUCUUAAGUAUUUUGUUGCAACCAUGAUCUAGUUAGAUUUUCUAAAAUAGCAUGAAAAUAGAGUGGUAUAAACCA